AUGGCGGAAGUACUUCGGCGCGUCACCAUGUCGGCGUGGGCCGGUGAUGUGGAUUCCGGAAGCGGACGCUAUCAAGGCCUUAGCCACUGUAUUUCUGUCAAUCAAUCAACCAAUCUUGAGAACAAAAUGUUGAUAGGAUUGGUGUUGUUUGAUAGCUUAUAA